GCCGCCAACGCUGUCACAAGGAACGUUCCCGCUCCCUCUCUCCCUUCGCCCUCCCUCACUCGAGUUUUCGCGGUCACGGCCACGAGGGAGACAACGCAUCUUCACCUUGAAUAUCAGAGUUGCGACUGUGAUUCUUACGCUACUAAUCUCAUGUGAUACUUCGAUAUAAAGACAAUACAAAUAAUACUGUUCCAUCAGUGACAAUAUUUCUUUGACGAAGGAAAAAUAACGCUUGACUCCUUGGCAUUAUCUAAAAAGAACCUGAUGGUCACUCGGCAUCAACAAGUGAUCUCUAGUUUUUAAGGCGGCCUUAGAUGACCCUUAGGUGAUUAACAGCCAGGAUGGACUGGUUUCAAGCGCUCUUGACAGCCCUGCUGAUGAACACCAUUGCAGGGAUAUCGUUGAAAUGUGGAGAAGACAUCGUGAUACACAGAGGGGAAAAGAAAGUCCUCCGAUUUUGGAGUUCGGAAGAUGAGCUCCUCAACGUUGAUGUCUUGUCCAAGGCCAAAAACGACACGGAAACCGAGACCAGACCGUUCAGGCAUGAGCAAGUCGAGGGAGGUGCAGUUACAGGAACUACUGGAGGCGUUUCAAACACUGCCCACGCUGGACAAAGUUACUCCUCAGGAACCAUUUCAAGUAGUGUGGAAGGUGCCACUGAAAGUAACAAAUUCAGAACAGACAUUGAGACAAGCGAUGCAGACGAUGGUGUCAGGGAACAAAACAGUGGAAAUGAGUUGUAUUACUCCUUUAAGCCCAAUGCAACUCAUCAACAGGAUGUGGUAAAAAUAAGUGAAAGUGAUCAGGAAGUUACUUCAACACCAGUAUUUGACCAAACAGAAAAACCAACACAAAAAAUUAAUAAGCAAAGUAACGAAGAACUCACAGACUCCCCAACAGUUACUGAAAUUAGUACACAAAACACUAAUAUGGAAGAACAAAGCGGCAAUGACAAAUUAGGAGAUGAACCGCCAGAAAUUCUUGAUAAUGCCCACAACAGCGAUGAUGGACUGCCAACGUUUACAGAGAUCAUACCUAGUAACAUAUAUGAUAGUGACACUAAAAGCAAAGUCACAGAAAAUGAAAAUACAGAAAGUCAUGAUAAUCAAGAGCAUGUGGAAAAUCACACAACUUUUCCAGAAGAUAACCAGGAGAGUGGCACUGAGGGUGCAAGAACUUCGGCCCCAGACAUCACAGGUUAUUUGGAAAUUGAUACCAAACCAAAUGUCUCCUCUCUACAUAGAAAUGAAAGCCAUGAUACUCAAGAUGAUAAGCUGCAAGUAUCUCCACAAGCAUCUAAAGUAAAUAAUUACCUAAUAGGUAGUCAUGCACAAAAUGAUUCAGAUAACCCACAUUUCGAUUCAAUUGACAAUGAUGACAAUAAAGUGGUAUAUAAUACAACAACUGAUCCAUUGACUGACCAAAGACAAGAGCAGGGCAAUUUAGGAAAUGUGUUACCAGAAAUUCUUGAUGGCAUUCCAACAAAGAAUAAAACAAAUCAAGCUCAUAACAUACCCACAAAGACAGUAAGUAUGCCUAGUGAUGCGCAUAAAAUAGGAGGCGAAAACAAUGUUACAAACAUGGAACAAACAGACGGUAUUCCAUUUAAUACAAAUGCAGGCGAGGGUAUUAAAGGCGUCAAAAACAAAGAAUCUGAGCAAAAUUUCACAACUUUUUCAGAUAACAAUAAAAAAAGUGACAAUAGGGAUUCAGGAACCCCAAUAGUCGGUACCAAAAGUGUUGUAGAAUCUGUUACCAGUCCAAAUGUUUUAUCUUUACACAAAAAUGAAAGCCAUGCAACCCAAGAAGAUAAACAUCCAGGCUCCCCACAAAGCCUUGGAGACGAUAACAGUCACAAAUAUCACCAUGCAGAAGGCCACACACAAAGUGAUCUAAACAGUCCACAUCUUGACUAUGCUGAUGAUGAUGAUGUUGGGGAACUCACUACACUUGGCCCAUGGACUAAACUAAGGCAGCCACAGGAGAAAGUAAAAGAUAAAGUGAUGCCUCAUCAGAUCCAAGACCAACAACAAAAUGAACAGCAAGGGACUGCUGGAUUAAUCCUUAGCCCAAAUACCGAGAUUCCCGAUUUACUCACAACUGCAAAGUCUUUCACAUCAGUACCCCAUGAAAAACCUGUGAGCGAUACUCUGUUUCUCGAACCUGAAGCCAGUGAAACAACAACUUUAUUCUAUAGAAGAAUUUUUGAGGACAAACUUUUCCAGACUACAGAGUCAUAUGUAGAAUACACUACAGCUGCUGAGGAAUCAAUGAUGACAACAACUGGCAUAUCCAUAGAGGGGUUAACACAAAAAACUGACCACUCAAGCCUCAGCGAUCUUGACUCACCAAGUGAGAUGUCAACAGUAUUUCCAGUUGAUAGCGAUGCAAAUGACAUGGAAAAGCCGUCCUUGAUUAACAAAAACAUACCUCAGUCAGAAGAUGAACAUGAUGAUAUGACAACACAAAAAGAUAUCUUUUCCCAUUAUUCCACCGGUAGACCAAUUCCUAUUACUGAGUCUGUGUCAGGAGUAUAUGAUGAAAAGUUACAGGAAGACCUUGAAAAUAUUAUCAUUACUAAUAUCCUACAGACUUCUACUGACAAACCAGAUGAGGCUGCUGAAUAUGGAACAGAAAUAAUAGGUACAACUGACCAAAAGCCUAAACAGCCUACAGAGAAUACCUUGAAAAUAAAAAUGGGUGACCCAUUAGUAUCUGAGAAUACAUUGUACAGAAUGGAUGAACUUGGAAUUCUAAUUGAAGAGAGCACUACAUACAAUAUCAACGAGGAUAGUUACAAUGAUGAAUCACUAGUGGUAACUACUGAAUCUAUAUCCCAGACCACUGAUAUCACAACUACUCCAGUAAAUGAUAAAACUAAAGACACUCGGAAGCCAGCAAUUUCCAAAGAUGCAGCAAAUGAAAAUGAAGAGUCUGUUACAGAGAUUAAAACAGAUGUGCCAGUCACAGAAAGGAAUAGUAUUGAUCAUGAUGAUAACCUUCCAAAGGUAACAAUAAAGGAAAAUGAAUCAGUUGCUGGUACUAUAAAUGAAAACAGUUUAACAUCUGGAAUCUCAUCACAAAACAACAGAGAGAGUGGUAACAGUUUCCUAGAAACAACAGUUAGAAGUUCAUUGAAUAACAUGCAAAAUAAUGAAUCAACGGCAACUAAGAAUGCUGAUAAUAAAGUCACAGAAACCAUUGUCAAGGUUAACAAGGAAGCAGAUAAAAUACAAAAUGAAAAUAGCAAAUUACAUGAUAAUAAAGAUGAAAUUCAAGACACUGGAAAAACCAAUGCAGGACAAAACACCAAGAAAAAUCAAGCAGAAAGUGAUACUGAGACAAUUCCUUCUACAACAAGUAGUUACCUAUUUGGAAACAAUUCAUACAUCACCUUAACACCUGAAACAUUUAUGCAUAGUUCUGAAAGUGACACUAAUACAAUUAUUCCCACAACAAGUAGCUAUUUAUUCGGAAACAAUUCCUAUAUCAAUUUAACAAGUAACGGGAGUGCAUCCAUUUCUGGAAAUAACACGGUUCAUGCUCACAAAAAUGAGAUGAUAAAUCCUAUAAUAAUCACCAACAAGAACUCCGAUACUGAAUCUGAAAAUAAUGGAUCUAAACAUGACAGUUCACACAGCCUUCAACAUUCUGAUACAUCUAUAACUGAUGAUGAAUCUACUAUUUCCUCAUAUAUGACAACUGACAAACCCAAAACUACCACUGAGAUGGACAUCUUUGCUUCGAUUAUAGAACGCUGGACUGAGGUCCUUGAAAAGAUGCCAGAUGACACUAAUGUUUCUACUGAUGAUCUGGUUAUUAACGUUUCUGAAUUAUUAGAUGCAAAGUCAGAAUCUCCCAUAGAACCAACAGAGGAGAGCUAUGAAAAAGCAUCUGAAGAGUUAUCUCCUGAACACACAGAUCCUCUGCUACCUGCUAAAAGUGACAGCAUAAAUGAUAAUGAUGGUACAGGCAUAACAGAAAAAGAUUUCGCAGGUCAAUUUUUAGUGCCAAAUUCCCAGACCAUGGCAGGUUUUAUGGAUACAAGUCUUAUGCAUAAGCCAGAAUUAUCUUUUACUAUGCAGGAUACAUCAAUUCCUUCCACAGAACCAAAUUAUGAAAUUCAAACUUCCACAGAAAAAACUGACAUGACUACAGACGGUCAAAAAGAGCGUGUAGUUGGCCUUACAACCUCUGAGCAGUCAAAGGAGCCUAAGGAUAACCUCGUCAUAACAGAAAAUUCUUAUCAACUAACAACAGAAUCAGGUGCAACCACAUUCUCUACAGUAAUCCCAGAUCAAGUAGAGAUAGCUACAAUGCUCAUAGCAAAUGAUCAAAUGCCUGUGCUAAUAUCCCCAAUUUCUGGAAAAAGUCCUCAUAUUUUAACAACAAUGGCAUCACCCAAUGAAGAUUCAGUCAAAGCAGAUAACCCUGAGAUCAAAUCAACCACUAUAAUCCCAUUAAGCGAUGAAUUGGAAGAGAUUUCUGAUGAAGACAUCGUUGCUGAUAGACUUUUGACUGGUAAACCUAUCCAGGAACUAACUACUACUUCUCCAUUAGAAAUAAUUACUGAAAGGGAGAUGGAAACAAAUGGUACCACAACAGCAUUCACCAUCCCUCUAUUAGUAUUGAAAAACCAAGCAAUGCUUGAUAACUUACUGAAUGGCCAAGUGAAGAAUGGUGGAAGUCAAGUAGUUAUUAAAGAGCAAGGAAGCAAAGUAGCUAUAAGCUCUCCAUCUCAAAAUGAUGCCUUACAUCACCAUGCAUCCACGCAGGAAACAAAAUCAGAUGCAUUUGCUACAUCACAUUCUACAACAAUUAAUGAAUAUGAUCAAUAUACAACUGAUGUUCCAGCCAAAGAGACAACAGAAACUGCACUUCAAGAGAAUUCACAAAUUCCAACUGAGGAAAUUAGGGAACUGCAUGAAAAAAUUAGCAGUACUUUCGUGACAACAUCCCAAACAUUCCUCCAAACAACACUAGAUGAAAUACAUGAACAAAACAUUGGUUAUACGACAGACAAUCCUACCACAGUAGAUGAUACCAGCAAUAUUAGAAGUGCAUUAAAUGAAUAUCUAAAUAUUGAAAAUCUACUUUCAAGAAACUCCAACAGCUCUUCAGGUCUGUCUGAGAAUACUUUUUACCCUGAUGUCGAGGAAUCAUAUAACAACAAUGAAGAUGCAAUCAAAAACACUGCUACAACCAACAUUCCUGAUAUAUCUACAGACGAAUCAACUGAAUCAUUCUUUAAUGAGUUGGUCCAUACUAAAGCUAACACAGCUAGCCCUUAUUCUUUGGCACCUACCAGUACAAACGUUGUCAAUUUAGAAGAUGAAUCUACUAAGAGCAAAGUAGAUUUGAUGCAUUCUACAGCCUCUUUAGAUGAGUCAACUAUUUCAUCUGCAUAUAAUCAUGAAUCACAAAACAUGCUAUCAACAGAACAUCAACAAGUUGACAACUUGAUUGGAAAUUAUAGAACUACAACAAUACAAAGUAACACAGAAGAAAUUCCCAACACUUCCAAUUUUGCAACAAUUAUAAUCCCUUCUUCCAUUGUCAAUGGACUGCAUGGUGGACAUAUAAAAAAUGAUCACAUUCACCCAAAAACAGAAGCUUCAGUGACAGUAGUAAAUAUAGUUGACCAUACAACAGAAGCAUCAGUUACAGUAGUAAAUAUAGUUGACCAUACAACAGAAGCAUCAGUUACAGAAAUUACUGAAAUGGACCCUAUGACAGAAGUAGCAGUUACAACAGCAACUAGACUGCUACAGAAUGAGAGCAUUUCCAGCCCCCAGCAUUCAGGAGUAAUCAGCCGUAAGGAGGAUGAAGGACAAACAGACUAUGGCAGCAGUUCACCUUUCUUCAUACGAUUACCAGGAAGUCCUGAUCCAGUACCAGUUUAUAUCCAGUACGAACCUGUUGAAAUAAACUAUGUUCCCACUCAUGGCGAAGAACUUGAUAUAGGUUACAGAGACACCUUGAAAAAUGAUGAUGAAUUGGAAAUUACCAAUCUUUUCAGGGAUAACAUCGAUCUUGUAAACUCAGUAAGAGAAUACGAAAAUUCAUCAGCAGAGAUAGACAGUGGGGGUUAUGAAUCUUUUCCCAAUAUUAGUCAAAAUGGAGAGCAAUUAGCCAAUGAAACAGAUUACUUUGCAUUAAAUACAACCAUUUCCUCUGCAAGAGAAAAUGGCACACAGACUUUGUACAGUGAAACAGUGGCAUCUUCUCAUUCUGACAGUAUCCAUAAUAUAACACACGACACAACAGCCAACAUAAACAAUCAGCAUGAUGAACACCUGGUUUCUGAUAAAGGUGACGAUUCUGAUUACUUUAAGCCAAACAAGCCCAUUCUAAAACGUCCAGAUCCCUUCUUCGUAAUGGAGGCCCCUAAGCUUGGAAAUGAAGAAGAAGUCAAAGUUGAGAAUCCCUAUCAGCCAGAGGGAAAUAAUAGCUAUUCAAAGGUUAAAAUUAAUCAAAAUGAAGACAGAUAUUCAGUUGAUGUUUCAAGUCAGUAUGGCUUUGCAAGUUCUGCUAAUAAAGAGAGGCAACCGGGAACAGUAGAGGAUGUUCCACUUGGAAUUAAUAAAGAAAUUCUUUAUCCAGGGGACUACUACCUCCAUGACUCGUAUACUGAUGUUAAUUUAAAAUUGCUCAGGAAUCCGGUGUUCAACCUAAGACCAAAAGUAAAUACACCCUCACCAGAAGAUCUUCUGAGCCCUCAAUAUACACCAUUUCCAAUUACUACAAAUCCACCUCGCCAUAAACUAACAGCUUCCCCCAUAACUGCAUUGCCGCUAGUUACAUCCAUCAUGUCUUCCUCAGCGAACCCUGAGAAUUCCAUUUCAACUGAGGAACCAACAGUGACUACACAAAGACAUCCACCUAGUAUAGAGUAUUCUCCCAUACCUGCAGUAGACUUUGAUGACACUUAUGCACUAUCAUACAACCCUGACUACGCCUUUGGUAAUGAAGAGUCUAUCAUAGCACCAUAUGUAAACCAGUUUAAGGGAAACUUUGGAAACCAGGAAGAAACGGAUAAACAGUUCUUAGAAAAGAAAGGACAAAUAGAUAGUGCAAACCCUUAUUUAUCAGACCCUUAUAUAGCACAAGAUACAGAAGUUCAUGCAAGUCAGGAUAUCUCUCCUGAUGACUCUAAGGGAAAUCCAGUGCCUACGGACAACUUGCCAAUUCCAUCAGACCAAUUUAUGGCUCAUAAACAGGUAUGGGCAUUCCCCCAAUCGCGCGAGGACCCAGCGUACUUAACAAGCGACACUUACAAUCCGGAGAAGACUAGCGGAACGCAGUACUUGGCUUUCCAUUCCCCCCUCGACUUUCCAGGCAUCGAUCCAGCAUACUUCAGUUCCAGAAAAGUACCAGCACCGGAAUCGUCGCAUAAUACGGAUGCAUCACCAGGGAAGUACGACGACCAGGUAAUCCUCGACUUGAACAGGGAGUGGUCGAGGCCAUCUUACGAGGAUGACGUGGCAGGGGCAGAUGACGAGGUGCUGGGAGAAGCGCUGCCAACGGAUCAAGAAUACUUUCAACUGCCUCCAAGCACCGGGCACGGGAACGGCACUUCACCCGAGACUCAACACGACGUAGUCUUCGGACCGCAGUUUUUCACGUACCUAAACAGCCUGCCGUAUGCACUCCUGCGCAAGUUCUUGGAUCCAACCAUCCCAGGAGAGGGUGAGAGGCUCAAACGGUCAGCCCCUGUUGAAGGAGAACAGAUCUUCUGCGAAUGGAACAUAAGGACGGAACCAGGACUCUACCUGUUGAUGACCCUCCACAACCUCUCGGCGGCCUACACCGUUGACUGUCAUGGCGCCUACAUCGAGGUUGAGAGAGAGAACAAUGGGUACGAUGCUAGAUGGUGUGGCAACAGAGUUGGGCAGGCUGGAACUCGUCCACACGUAAUAUUCGCCAAGACUGAAGUUCGAAUAACAGUGUACGAUGACGGCAGGGGAAACAAAGUCAUGCCCACCGGGUUCGAGGCGGAUAUAGAAGUAAUUGACCUGUUCAACAAGAGCGACUACAGAGCCUUCAUGAGAUCCAACGCUUAUCCUCACAUUCGCCGUCUCCUCCUUGGGUAGAGGCAGGAGAAACGGCAACAUAUAUCAGUAACAAAGAAGGAACCCACCUGUCUCUCUCCUGAACUGGCAAGACUAGACCCAUUCACAAGGACCUGCAUCGUGGGAGACAUUCUGAUGGUUCUGAACAACGGGGCAUUUCCUGGUGCUACUCUGAAUUUUUCGCCAGACCUGCACUGGCUUCAUCAUAUCGUGAGCUGGGUUUCAGAACCUGCAGUCUUUCACUCGGGUCUGUGAUGAACGAAGUGAAAUGUGGAACUCCUUGCAAGCCCAGCGACAGUAUUAUUCUGAAAUUAGAAACAAAUAAAUAUAUAUAUUUUGCACUAUGCUCCUGAACGCUUAGUUUGCAGACAUUUUGAACGUUAAUCUGAUCUUGCACAGAAUUUAAAAGUUCUUAAGUUUCUCCAAGCUUAACAAAAAAAGAAAAAAUGCUCCAUUCUUUAAAAUGCUAGCUACUUUGCACAAUAUUGGAUAGUCUUCCUAGGUACUGGUUGAAGAAUAUUCGACAAGGCCUUACGAGAAUAUUCUGAAAAAUCUGGGCAUUACUCUCCAGGCAUUACGAAUUCUCCAAAUUUGUGAUAAGAAUGAACAAUUAGCGAUAGUUUUGCCGACAGAUUUGAGCGUACGAGCACGACACGAGAAUUCGAGUCCCACUAUUGUGCCUGCGUGAAUGUUGUUAUUGGUGGAGACACGUCCACUUGUGAUUUUUGGCAUUAUUCAUUAAGUAGCGUUUAACCAUUGUACAUAGUGCUUAGUCUUUAGACGCUAAGUGUAUUAUCCUUCCUUCGCUGUGGUUGCUGCUCUUUCGAAGAGUUGUUGUUCUCCAAGAAACUGUAUAGCCCCGUUUCUCCUCGUGUUGGGAAUUUAUUGAAGAACCCUUUUGAGAAACUGUACUGUCAAGGAUCUGCGGAAUCGUCUGCCGUUCCACGAUAGAGUAGUUGAUUCUGUGACUGUUUUAUCUAUAAUGACACCUAUGAAAAUUAUCAAUAAUGAUAAAUAUGAAAAUUAUAGCGCUGGUGCUGAAAUCACAGCUGAUUUUACCGACCGAACUCAAAAUUUCCGAUGGUGAAAAAAUUAUCUCCAAAAUAGAGGAAUGAUGCCACUACUAAUUUAAAUUUCGUUGACAAUGGAGGGGCGUGCCUGGGCUAUCGAGAAGAUCUUGGAGCACAGCUAAUUCAUCUCAAGGAAUUUCACUAAAAUUCAGUUGCUAACACUAACUAUGCGCGUCCAUAUUAUAAUUACCUGUUUGCAGUACCCUAUUAAUCAUUGAAUUGAAUGUGACUGUACCUGGAUUUCAUCGGAAUAACGAUUAAAUUCAGAAUAAAUUCAUGUUCGUCGUACCAUCUUGUACAUUCAUGUUAAGUGGUCUCCCUGUUGGCCCUCACUUGGUCCAUUAGGCGAGCCAUGCCAAAGAGAAAUCAUGAUGUCUAUUCUGAAUUAACAUUAAAUCUUGACAUAAUUAUUUCGCAGGUCUCAACGAAAUGAGAGCAACCACAACGCCUAAAUACCUUUGUAUUAGCUAGCAGCUCUUCGUGAUGAUAAUUGACUAACGUUUCCCCUCCGUUAUUGCAUAUGACCUUAUUCCUGCUAAUUCUGUUUCUACGGAUAUAUUAAAAGUCUACAAUUAGAUACGGCUGAUUAGCUUUACAAUUCACUAGUUUCGAUUAGAUAAAAAAGUUUCUUUCCAUUUGCAGGACUAACUUUGAAUUUCGAGUGCGUUAAAACACAGAAAACUUUUGUUUAAAAAAGAUCCAGUUUUUCUAAAUUCUGUUCGUAUUUCUCCCCAUCUCUCUCUUUUAUUCAACAACGGUAAUCUGUUGAUUUCUUUUAAGGAUAAUUGCAAUAUUCACAGACUUCCACCGUCUACUGUACAUAUAAAAAAGCCAUUAUGUGAGGCCAUAAAGUAGUUACCUGAUUAAACAGUUACUUUGUA